AUGCCUGGCAUACUACCGAUGAAGAUGAUUCGAGUGGGGAGCUCGACGCAGAACAGGAUAGCACAAGCUUGCGACCGAUGCCGAAGUAAGAAGAUCCGAUGUGACGGCGUUCGACCCUGCUGUACUCAGUGUGCCAACGUUGGCUUCGAGUGCAAGACCAGUGACAAGCUGAGUCGCAGAGCCUUCCCAAGAGGCUACACUGAAUCUUUGGAGGAUCGAGUGCGUGGUCUGGAAGCGGAAUGCCGUGAGUUGAAAGAUCUGCUUGACGAAAAAGACGAAAAGAUCGAUAUGCUCUCGCGCCUCCACAGCUUCUCGCCGGCUUCCCGCAAAGGGUCUUGCUCUCUGUCGCCAACCAACGCUGCUCAAGUCAAAGCCGAGGUUGAGUUGCCGCGCGAGGACAUCCUUUACGUCGAAAUUCCAGCUCCUGUACAACAUGACGCUCCUUCGACCGGCACUUCCACAGCCUCAGCAUUCAUCGAAUCAUUCGAGCAGAAAAUCCAAGAACACGAAAAACGUCCUGCAAACAUCUCCUCCGCCACUCUUCUUUCGGGAUCCAAUACCGCCAAACAGUCUCAGACUAAUGCCUCGAAAACACCUCCACGCAUUCUAUCCGACCAAUACAUCAAUCUAUUCUUCCAGGAAUGGCAGCCACUUUUACCAGUCCUGCACAGACCAACCUUCCUCAGAGUUUAUGAACAGUAUCUCGCAGGACCCGACGCUGGAAACUGGCAAAGCAAUAAACAGGCAAUCGCUCAACUCUUCCUCAUUUUCGAAAUCUCGGCACUGUCGUGUGGUCACCAACUCAAGACCAGCUGUCCAACUUACGAGAAUCAGUGGCGAAAAGCCAUGUACUCCUCUCCCAUGACACCGACUACGGCGACGAUCCAGUCUCAUGUCUUGGCUCAACUAUGUUAUCUUCUGCGUGGCGAUUAUACCCAACUUUCGCGCCACCGGGGCAUUGCUGUCGGAAUGUGCCAUGAGCUUGGUCUGCAUCAGGCUCACAAGUACCACACCCUCGGUGUUUUCGAUGCUGAAGUACGUCGAAAGGUCUUUUGGUGCCAAUAUGUUCUCGACAAAUUUGCCUCUGCUGCUACUGGCUCACCUAUGCUGCUUCGCGAAGCCGACAUCACGACCGAGUACCCAGCCGAUGUCGACGACGAGAAUUUGAGCACUUCAGGCUUCUCUCCUGCUUUGCCUGGAGAGGUGACCAAGAUCUCCAGUGCUCUAGCUCUGUUCCGAGCCACCCGCAUACUGUCCAGGGCCCUGGAAGAUCUUUAUUCUUCAAAAGCCAGCUAUCAAUUAUCUGUCAGUAAGCUUCAUGCUUACUCCGACGAGCUCGAUCAAUGGUCGGAAGAACUCCCGGAUCAUCUUCGUCUGAGAUUCAACAACGACAAGCCGUCUACCAACGUUGUCAGCUGCCGCUCCCCUCUUCUGUCCUUGACAUAUUUCUUUGUACGCAGCCUGAUCCACCGUCCCCUACUCUGCCACGCCACAGGUAGCGCUCAAGCCGCUGCGACGAUCGUUCUUGCUGCUGCUGGCAAGCACACUCUCCAAAUCCUAGACCUGCUUGACGAGAGACGCAUGAACUACACCUUCCCUUUCAACAAGAAGGCACUCCUGUUGACUUCAGCGUUCUCCAUUCUCUGGCAAUCCAUCGACCUGGAUGAGGACAGCAAACUCGUCAAAGACAACCAGAAGUCUCUACAGUUGUCAUUGGCAAUGAUCGGUCGCGAGAGCCAGUCUUCUCAUGCGGAGUUUCAACGCAUCGCCAGCGCCUUUGUACCACUACAAAGUCGUCGCACCUCCUCACCGAAGCACAUCGAUAUUGAUACUCCUGCCGCCAAGCUCGUCAACUCCAUGCCCGCUCCAUCCCCACCUAUACCAAAGUCUGGCAAGUCUCCCAAGAAGCAAUUGCAAGCCAUCGCCUCCCGCUUCUCCAGUCUUAAAGGCAGUCCUAGGCCCGAGGAACCCCGACGUGCUACACUUCCUCAGACUGGCAUGAGCCAUUCCAUGUCUCCUCAGCACCGCGCAGGUAGCACUGUUUCGCUUUCAUCAACUCGUUCCGCUCCAGUCAUGGCUACUCCAUCGCCUGGCCAGGUUGCCCAUCAUGCCACUUUGAAUGCCAAUCAUGCUAUCAACCUCGACUACUUCCCACUCGGAGACGAACUGAGCGGCGACACGCAGACUAGUACCUCCAGCUCUACUAUGCUACCGCCAAAGAAACCUUCACAGAUGUCUCCUACGAUCGCGAAUGCGUCUUGGGACAAUUUACUUCUCACCAAUUACGAUGCCUCCAAUGCACAGCUCUUCGGGAAUUCCGGAAUGGGCCCCACAGCACACACCCCUAUGUCGAUGGCUGGCAACGACUGGAUCAAUGAUGGCAAUUGGAACCUGCCAACAAUGGACUUCUCCAGCAAAGCACCCGUACCGCAGAGCUUGUUGAGUUUUAGUGGCGAGAGCAUCAAUAGUAGCGACGAUUUCCUUUUCAGCGCAAGCAGCAACAAUGGCAGCACGAGUACUGGGGAGAGCUUGGAUGUGCCACCGAUGGAGCAGGGACCAUACAAGGGAAUCACGAUUCCAAUUGACGAUGAGUUUGAUUUCGAGGCUUUGGAAGGUUGA